GAUUAACUUAAUUACUCUUUCAAAAUCACCCCAUAAGCCAAUCUACCAAAAAAUAAAAUAAAAUAAAAAAUCAAUAUUUUAACUAGCUCAAGCUCAAGAGUCCAAAAUGGCGGCAGCGCCCCUAGUGGCUGUUGGCAAAAAUUCAACGGAGCUUCGCCUCUUGGUAUCCAUGCUCUUUGGUUCAGCUUAAGAUCAGCUCACUUUCCCUGCCGGAACUUUAACAGUGUGACACAUUCAGCGGAAGUAAACAUGACAAGCGCCUGUGGCAUCAACUCUAUGGAUAGGUCUAUAUGGAUACAGCUGGAAGAUGAUGGUAUAGUUGUUGCGUCGAUAAGUGUUUAACUUUUAAUUAGACAACAAUGUGUUCAGUCGAGUCUUUGAGAGAGUUUGUCAACCAGCGACUAACUGCUGCUGCUGAAGAAAUAUUGGGAGUUUUUCAAAGAAGCAUCGUCGAGUACGCGGAAGAGAUCGAUCGUCAGCGCAGACUGUUGGAUAUGGUUUUGAAGCCUGAAAUCAAGUUACACAGGACAGAGCUCCCACAGCAACAUGUGUGUAAGGAGGAGGAGGUUGUCCCUGAGCAGCAGCUGUGUAUUGAGGAGAGGAAGUCCAGUGUGGAGCAAGAGGAGCCAGAGGCUCCAGAGAUUAAAGAGGAAGAGGAGGAAGUGUGCAGCAGUCAGGAGGGAGAGCAGCUUGUGGUGAAGCAGGAGACUGAUGGCUUUAUGUUGAGUCCUGCUGAUGAGGAAAGUGAGCAGAGUGAAGAUCAGACUCUGGACUUCAUUCAUGAUGACACUCAAAGUGCAGCAGAGAAAGAGUCUGUAUUUAAAAUGCCAGUUAUAAGCUCUGUGAUAUCAGAAGCAACCAGUGAGCACCAGCUGCUCUGUCACAACUCUGAUGUAGCUGAGAGGCAAGAUGAGGAAGAAUACCAGCAUGGAGACUCAGGAUCAACUAGAAACACAGAGCUUCAAGCAGAGAAAAGACAUCAUGAAAGUGAAAUGGACAGUAACAGUCCACACACCUCUGCUGUGAUAAACUUAAAUACAGGUAAAAAGCCUUUAAAAUGUGACAUAUGUGGGAAAGUUUUUGAAUAUAAGUCAAAAUUGCAGAGACACCUGAACACCCACACAGGCAUGUUUUCUUGCGAAACAUGUGGGAAAAGAUUCAGGGACACAUCAGAACUGAGCACUCAUAUAAGAACCCACACAGGUGAGAAGCCCUACCUUUGCAAGACCUGCGGAAAAAGAUUCAGUGUGAAGUCAACAUUGAAAAGGCAUUGUAGAAUCCACACAGGUGAGAAGCCACAUAUUUGUAAAGUGUGUGGGAGAGCUUACGUACGUAAUGGUGACUUGUUAGUCCACAUGAGGACUCACACGGGUGUGAAGCCAUUUUCUUGCAAAACAUGUGGGAAACACUUCAGAUUUAGUAAUAACUUGACGGUCCACAUGAGAACACACAGUGGUGAGAAGCCGUAUAUUUGCAAAACAUGUGGGAAACACUUAAGAUCUAGGAGUAACUUGACAGGCCACAUGAGAACACACACAGGUGUAAAGGUGCAUGGCUUGAGCAGAGGUUCCAGUUGAAGUCACACAUAUACAUGAGAGAGACUGUUUACAUGCAAAACAUGUGGCAGAGCUUUCAGAGGCCUGUUCCAUAAAGCAUACUAAGAAAAGUGGGGAGUGAAGUCCAAAUCCUGAAUUUUAAUUGAAAUUGCAGGUCUGGAAAAGUUAAACUAGUGAGAUAAAGAACAAAAGGAGGAGACUGCUUUAAAGUCUGGAUGAAUUUUAUACUUGCAAGAGUCAUGGAAAACCUGGAAAAGUCAUGAAAUUAGUCAAAAUCAUUAUAAGUCACAGAACUUGUUUGUGUAUAGUGAAAUUAUUAGAAUCAUCUUCAGUGGAUAACCCUCCAUAUAAUGUAACAUAAUGGCAAAUUCAUUUUCUGAAGGUGGCGUCUUAAUGUAGCUUUAAUAUGCGUCGAUGUGUGACAAUGUUUGUUUACCAUCAGGUGUGUUUUGUCAUUUUCUCCCUCAGUUUGUCUCUCCCUUCCUGUGUGCCAAUUGUGUUUACAUAGAGUUUGAAUCUGAUGUGUGAAAAACAGCAGGCAAGUGGGGAAAGAAAAAGAAUAUUCUUCAUGAUGAGUCCUUGAAAAGUCAUGAAAAAGUUUGGAAAUAUUGUCCAUGAAAAUGUGAACGGAACCUGUAAUUAAAAGUAUGAGUGAGUUUGCAGUGAGCACAGUCCAUAGGGACUUGGGUUGGGAACCGUAGGGUCGCUUAUUCAAGUCCCCGUCCGGACCAAAAUAUGGAGCGUGGACUGGUAGCUGGAGAGAUGACAGUUCACCUCCUGGGCACUGCCAAGGUGCCUGUCAUGGGCAGGUCCUUUGAAAUGAUGUAAAGUUUUCUUAAUAUGAGGCCUUAAAAAGUUUAAAAUUGUCUUAAAUUCAGAUUCAAUGGGUCUUAAAUAUUUGUGGUCACAUUACCAUGAAAAUUUCUCCAGCCUGACAGACCCAAUGAUAGUUUACAAUCAUUGUACAGACCGAAGAAAAAUAUUUUUUUUCCUUGCUGAAUUUCUCUGAAUAUUGCAAUAAUAAGUAGCAUUUAUGACAGCCAUGAGAUGGUUUUAAAUUCCAUAUAAGGUGACAUUAAAAAUGUCUUAAAAAGUCUGAAAUUUACCUUGGUUAUAUCUGCAGACACCGUGUUCUUUGGUGCAUAUGAGCAGCUUGUCAACAGUGACACCAGAAUAUGGGAAAAACUGUUUUUACCUUGUUCCUGUCACAUCUGUGAUCUGUGCCUGUAGACUGAAUGAGGAAAAAUGCAAUUUUACUGCAGGUGUAGAUACACGCAGAAGCCACCGCGAUCAGAAUGCAGGUUGGCCAGAGCUCAGUUUGGCUGGACCACAUUUAGAAGAGGUACAGUACAGCAGCUGACUUUAGAAAAUGAAACCGUAAUGAUUUUAGAAUAUCACACACAAACCACAUAGGUGAGAAACCAUUUACUUGCACAACAUGUGAGAAAGCUUUGAGAUGUAAAAGUAGCCUGACGACCCACAUGAGAAUCCACACAGGUGAGAAGUCUAUGGAGCUACAUUUGUUUCUUUAUUAUUCAAUCAAACAGAGUAGGUUUUGCAAUCAAAAAUAGAUUUGAGAACAAAAGUAUCAAUAUUGCAAUCAAAAAUGUUAAAAAUGGUUGAUUAAAAAAUGCAAAUCCAAAAGUUUUGUUUGCGAGUCAUUUUUUCCCGUUGCAAGUUAAAAAGUUUAGUGAGUAAAAAGUUGAACCUGGUGGGCGGGGCCUAAACUGAAAGCUCACACGUCUGUUGGCCAGUCUCAAUCAGAACGACAGCUUGCAAAACAUUUUUUUCUUCUUCUUCUACUGGUUGGCGGAUUGCAAACAAUUUAAAGCUGCAUACCGCCACCUACUGUACAAGAGUGUGCAACAUCAUGUCAUUUAGCCUGUUUCUUAAAUUCUACUCAUCUGCGAAAAUCAAUUCUGAAACUGAAGUUUUUCGGCCUCCGGUUUCCAAAAAUAAUUCGUCCACACGAGUGGUGUGAUAAAAAAUAUGAUGUCCACACAAAACCCACCAAAUAUCCCUGAUUGCAGGCCCACAGACCUCAAUGUGGGCUCACUGUGACGCUCCCUACUGAGGAAAUAGGUAAAUCCGACAAAAGAAGAAGUUGGAGGCAUGGAUACAUGUGCCCCCUUGCUCGGUUCUGACACCAUAAAUUCUAAAAUAAAUAAUGGAAGUAUGUGUAAGUAGUAAGUUGUUUUUUUUAAAGAUAUAUAUAGGACUAUAUCUAAGUUUAUUUGGAGAAACAGGCAACCCAAAAUGCGAUUGCAGAAACUCCAACUCCCAGUGGAAAGAGGAGGUCUUGCAGUACCAAAUGUUUUGUACUAUCAUUGGUCAAUACAAAUGAAAAACUUAGCAGAUUGGGUGGCUCAAGACUCUAAAUUAAUCUGGCUAGAUCUUGACUCACAAGGUUGUAGCUCACCCUCAUUAGCAAGUCUACCAUUUUUAGAUAACAAACAAUUGCCAGGUAUUAACUUUAUUGUGUGUAACAUUCUCAAUACAUGGAAUAAUAUAAAGAAAGUAUUUUCUAUGAACAGAAGAUAUUCCUUUUAUGCACCAAUUGUUGAUAACCCAAACCCUUCUUGUGUUGACCCCGGUUAUAAAGAGUGGAAUAAUUGUAAUUAAUGAUUAAUGUAAUAAUUGGAAUUAAUGUGAUAAAUGAUCUUUAUGAAGGAGGUGCUUUGAAAUGAUUUCAUCAAUUGCAGGAAGAGUAUGGCCUGUUAGAUUUUUGCAAAUUCAAAGUUUUUUUUAAAUUCAAUACCCCACUACAAGGAAGGUCAAGGACCAGAGCAGACUGAAUCACUUCUUUACCAGGUCUGCCUGCUGAGGAGGAAAAAAAUUAGUUAUCUUUACAACAAAUUGUUUGCCCUAAGUAACAUCAGUACGCUCAGCGGCAGGCAAUCAUGGGAACAGGACCUAAAAAUUGCAAUAACUGAUCAUUAAUGGAAAACAAUCAUGUUAAACAGAAAAAAAAAUUAUAAGUCUCAAGAAAUUCAGUUUAAGAUUAUACAUAAAUAACAAACUAUCCCUUAUCUCAGGAGUAAAUAUGAUAAUGAUUGUUCCGGUAUUUGUGAAAGAUGUAAGCAGCAUGUAGGUACUUAUAUUCAUUUAAUGUGGAGCUGUCCAGAAAUACAGAAAUUUUGGGUCGAAAUUGGUAAUAAAAUAUCAUCCAUGAUACAUCACUCUAUAUUGAGCUUAAUCCACUACAGUGUAUACUAGGCCUACACGCUGCCUCACCUGAAUUAAAUAUAUAUAAGAGAAUUCUCAGUCUUUUGUGGUACUGUGCAAGAUUAUCAAUUUUACAGCACUGGCUAGACUAUGACAGUCCAUCUAUUUCAGGUUGGCUCAAUAAUGUUGUACGUUUACUUCCUUUGGAAAGACUCACAUAUGUCCUACAUGGAGACUUGAAUGAUUUUUUCUCUGUUUGGUCCCCUGUCAUUCACUUUAUGGGAGAGGAAUAUGCUGAAAUUAUAUUUAAAGGUUUUGCAACCUUGGGAGCAAAUCGUGAACGAUUUCAUAGUAGCUAAAUUUGGGGGAUGAUGAUUGAUUUGUGUUGAUAUUGCUUUCUUGUAUUUUUAUUUCUUUUUUUGUUGUUGUUUUUCCGUUUGUUUGUUUAUUUGUCAGUCUGACCGUUUACUAUUUGUGUUAUGUGUGUUUUUGUGUAAUCUGUAUAACUCUAAAAUAAAAAGACUGAAUGAAGGAAGUAAGUGUGACUUUUUUAAUAUUGUUCAUAUACUUUUAGGUGUGCUGUUAGGUGAUGUGAAUUAGCUGCACAUGAGCUAAUGUUAUAUUUAAACUAACGUUUAAGCAUAUGUGCAGUUAAACAGCUAACUUUAGCUUACGAGACUAAUCAGAGCACAAGAAUGAAAUUGAAUGCACAGUCAAUAUUUUAUGGCUUUGUAACCAUACCUGUUGUGUCUAUUCUGUUUUAUUUCUAGAGACACUUAACAGUGAUACAAGGAGAUUAGCUCCCCAAAUCUCCAAAAAACAGCAGCAGUGAGUGUCCCUGGAGGCCUGGAUGGAGAUGCAUCCAAGAGCCUUUCGGUCAGUAACGAGGUCAAAUGAUAAUGAAAAAAUUACUUAUUCUGAGUACUGAACUGCACCUAUUCAUUGUAACAUGUUUAAGCUCUCUGUAAUUUUAAUUUUAGGAAAGGGCUCAACAAGCCCAGCAAAAAUGCUAAGUGACCAAUGCCUUGUUAAUGGAUUUUAUUACUUGCAGCAAUAUUUAUUAGUUUGUCAGAAUUAUGUCUGUCGUGAGCCUGACUAAAACCGGUUAGGAUUUAAAAAGACGAAACAGAUCCAUAUUUUUUAAUUUUUUAAUAUUAGUCAUGACUUAGUCCAGUUUAGGAUUUUCCUCUUAAACAAUUACAAAUAUGGUGUUAUGCUGUGAUUUAACUGUAGCUGUGACUGCAUGUUGGAUUUUUUUUUCUGAUUUCAACUUUGGUCUUGUAACCAGAUGCAGCAGAAAAUUCUUGGUGACAUACAGAUAGCACAGAGCUGGGUAAACAGUCACCAAGAUUUAUUCUGUGGGGAGGUGAUGGAGCCUGGUAUUCUCCAGAUGGACCAUGCCAAUCAGCUGCAGACACUCUGAGACACCCUAGAAGGAGAAUCAGAUGAAUCCAAGAAUGACACUUUAUUCAUCUUUCAGUACCAGGAGGACAUGGAGACUAUUCAAACUAUGUAGACAUACAACACCUAGGUUAAUGCCAUGUUCCUCAUUAAGUCUGAUAUCUAAUGAUCCGCUGUCUCCACCCAAUGUCUCUCAUUCUCUCUCUCAAGACCUUAUUGUAUUCCUAACUGGUAAUUUCAAAGAUAGGGCUAUGCUCAUUUGUGUUAAUUUGUGUUAAUACUGUGCAUUUUUGCUCUCAGUAUUUUCUGCUACUGCCAUUCUUUGUUGCUCUUCAGUGUUGAUGAUAAACAUGCUAGUGUUCAUUAUAAACAUGCUGUCUUCAGAAUGCAUGUUUUACCACUUUUGAAUAUUUAUAUUAUUUGAUUAACAUUAUUGUUAUUACAUAUAUUGUUAUUGUUUUUAUUUGUUGUUCAAUAAAAAACAAACAAAAAAGCAAUCUAGUGAUCCCCUUAAUUUUGAUAACAUUAAAAAAGUAUCUCAGGUUACAUUUGAUAAUGAUAAAUACACAUUAGAAUAUUACUUUUUUCAUAAUUUCAUUAAGGUAAUUUAAUGUUUUGAUAGGUAUUUAGUGUCAUUUUCUGAAACGUGAUCCCCUUGAAAGGUCCCAUAUAAUGCUUAUUCAUAGGUUCAUACUUGUAUUUGGGGUUUCUACUAGAACCUGUUUUCACGCUUUAAUUAAAAAAUAUAUAUAUUAUUUUCCUCAUACUGUCAACCUGAAUGUACUCGUAUUCACUCUCAGUCUGAAACACUCAGUUUCACCACCCGUCUCUUGAAGCUCUUCUCCUGAAAAAGCCCAGUCCGCUUUGAUUGGUCAGUUUUAUCACGUCUUGAUGGCAUUUUAAUAAAAUGUACUUCUUCAGUCUCCUCAUGAUGAGACAUUGUUCUUCAUUCAUUUCGUGAACGCAUCUCCACAGAAGUUUCUGCUGUGUUUAUUGAUCUUCAGGUGUGAUUUGAGUAAAAAGUUUAACCACACACUGCAAACACGUGACUCCUCACUUCCAGAGUUCUUGUGUGAUUUGACCAUGACCCAGAACUGACAUGUCUCCUACUUGUUUUUAAUAUGCCUUUUCACUUGAGACACAUCAAAGUU